UAAGCCGUCAAAGUUGUUUUUGAUUUUUUCGUUGUUGUUUUAUCUUACUUUAUAUGAGGCUUCGGUUUUUCUCGAAUUCUCUUCAUAUUAAUUCGUCGUUCUUUGUUAAAAGUACAUAGGAAUUUGAAGCUCUCUCUACAGCUUCAUUUCCUCUGUUCUUUCAGGCGACGUAUUUUUUAGCUUUUCGGCCAAAUUUCGUAAAUGGGCUGCUUGCAAUGUAAAGCAAAAAGACUAUGCCCCAAACGGGAAAACCCUGUCAAACUUGCUUCAGAGACUGCUUUUAGUGUCAGUGAAGUUGAAGCACUCUUUGAGCUAUUUAAGAUCAUUAGCAGUUCUUUGAUUGAUGAUGGGCUGAUUAGCAAAGAAGAGUUUCGGUUAGCUCUGUUUCACAAUAAUAAGAAGAAAAACAUUUUUACAGAUCGGAUCUUUGAUUUAUUUGAUGCUAAUAAGAAGGGAGUCAUUGAUUUUGCUGACUUUGUUCGAGCACUCAAUGUCUUCCAUCCGAAUACCUCGCAAGAGGACAAGAUAAAUUUUUCAUUUAGGCUUUAUGACAUGGAUGGAACAGGCUUUAUCGAACGUCAAGAGGUCAAGGAAAUGUUAAUUGCGCUUUUAAGUGAAUGUGAAAUGAAGUUAUCUGAAGAAAUCAUUGAGGCAAUACUUGAUAAGACUUUCAUGGAUGCCGACACUAACCAGGACGGAAAGAUAGAUAUGCAUGAAUGGAAGAGCUUUGUCUCCCGUAAUCCAUCAUUAUUGAGAGUAAUGACCCUCCCAUACCUAAGAGACAUAACAACUACAUUUCCAAGCUUUGUUUUCAAUACCGAAGUAGACGAGGUCGCUACGUUGUCGGAGAAUACUCGCUCGGGUUAGCAUAUUCAUUCGGCUUUAAGCCAUUUUUUGUUUUUUUUUAUUUUUUUGGUUUGUAUUGUUGACAUUGAUCACAAGGCUAAAAAAAGCAUGCUAUCGAGUUUUUUUUCUUUUCAAAGGGUAGCGGCUAAAAUAUGAUUGAUGUACAGAGUCGGCAAAUUAACCUAAAUUCAUCAGGUUUUGAUCCGACCUUGUAGGCUUUGUUACUUUUGGAAAAUUAAGUUCAGGGUUGAGGUGGGUUGUUGGUAUUUAAUUGAAAGUUUCAUGGCCCAAUUGCAUCGAGCUUAGAGAAUUAAUCACAAUCACA